AUGAAUUCCAAAAUUUAUAAAAAUGGUUCAGGAAGUGUUUCUACAUUAGAAAGAACGGGAGAACCUGAGGUUUUCAUUUCACUGGAAGAAGGUAAGAAACCAAUUGAUUUGCUAUCCAAUGAUACUUCGAAAUCAGAUACUGGUUCGGCAUUGGAGAAAUUUGGAAAUCUGAAUACUAGUGUGGGAUCUCCCCUACCUAAUUUGUUACUACCAUCACCUUCUUUCCAUAACUUGGACCUUGUUAGAAACAUGGAUGCAGACUCAAACACUUCAAACAAUAGUUCUACAAUUACCAGUAACAACAUAAAGAAGAGGAGGGGGGAGAUGCCACCAAUCUCAAUCUCCCAAAUGAACCAAUUAUUAUUUCAUAGUCGUGUUUCCUCCAAGUCAAUGUUGAAGGAACAACAGCUUUCAGUCCGUGAUAGGGAACUUCUAUCUGCAAAAUCACAGAUUGAGAGGGCUCCAAUUAUAAGGAACGAUCCACAACUUCAUGCUUCUGUUUUUUGCAACCUCACUAUGUUUAAAAGAUUAGAUGAUUAUGAUUUGUUUUUGGAACCGGCAACAAGAAAAACAAUUCACGUUGUAGAACGCCCCUACAUGUCUGAGCGGUGGAGUUAUGGCUUAAUGGAACGCAUGCUCAAUGUCUAUGUUUACAUGGACGGUGAAAAACCAAUAUUCCAUCAGCCAAAACUGAAAGGAAUUUAUGCUUCUGAAGGUUGGUUUAUGAAGUUGAUGGAAGCAAGCAGACAAUUUGUUGGGAAGGACCCCAGAAAAGCUCACUUGUUUUACUUACCCUUUAGUUCAAAAGGAGUACGAACAAUGUUGCAUAAACAUGAUAAUUUCCAUACUGGGAGGAACCUAGCUGAGUAUUUGAACAAAUAUGUGGACAUGAUUGCAGCAAAAUAUAUCCUCUCUGUGCUGAUGAAUUUGAAUUGGGCGCCUCUAGAUGCUAGCGAACCUGAAUAUAAAAGUGAAGAUAGAAAUAGAUGGCGUCGACAUUUCAUCAGGGUGGCGUCAAUAUUCCAUCAGGGUUCUGAAAGUAAUGAUGAUAACAGAAAUUAUGAAACCCCAUUAGCUCUGAUUGAAGAAUACAGAAGAAACUCUGAGGAUAAGCAUCAUGCUUCUGAAAGUAAUGGUGAUGCCAGCGAAAAAACCCCAUUACUUCUGAUGGAAAAACACAGAGAAAACUUCAAGGACGAGGACGGGAAUCAUCCGGAGUUGUUUGCUUCUAUCAAACAGAAGCUAUGUCUUACAAGUGUUGAUAGUUCUAUAUAUGCAGCCUCUGCUAUCAUUAUCUACAGAAUACCGAAGGUACUUCACGAAAUCAAUAAGAAGGUUUAUGUCCCUCAGACAGUUGCAAUUGGCCCCUUCCAUUAUAGCAGGUCAAGUCUCCAAGGUAUAGAAGAAUUUAAACAACUAUAUCUUAAAGCUCUUUUCCAUCGUACUGCCAACUGGGAAAUAGCGAUGCAUGAGUGCAUCGUUCUCUUGAAGAAAGAAGAAGAAACUGCACGAAAGUGCUACUCCGAACCCAUAAAGCUCCUUACAAAUGAGUUUGUAACAAUGAUGUUAGUAGAUGGUUGUUUCGUUCUCGAGUUGUUUUAUAGGUACUAUGAGAAGAUGCAACAGCAGAAGCAACAACAACAUCCUAGUACCACCACCAACGAUGACGACCAGGAUCCAAUGUUCAAGCAAAAUUGGAUGCUCCCAAAAAUAUUAUACGACAUGCUAUUACUUGAAAACCAACUUCCCUUCUUUAUCCUCGAGUUAUUGUUUCAGAAAACAAUUGCCUGCAUCUCAGAAGUUUCCCUCGAGAAACUUGUACACAACUUCUUUGAAAACAUACUUCCAACAGGAACGUGGAUCCAAGACAUUGAUAGCUUUGAAGGCAAGCAUAUACUCCACCUAUUACGCCAAUUUAUGUGUCGUCCAUCGGGAUUGAAAAACAUAGAAACAACUCGAGAGCCCAAGUUAACAUAUUCUGUGACAGAACUCAGAGAAGCUGGAGUCAAGUUCAAGAAGAAGGAGAAUGCCAAUAGCUUCUUAGAUAUAACCUUCACAAAUGGUAUAUUAGAAAUCCCAAAUUUAGUUGUUCAAGGCUACACCGAAUGCCUAUUUCGAAAUUUGAUCGCAUUUGAGCAGUGUUACCAUUUUUGUACUAGUCGUAUCACAUCUUAUGCCUUCUUCAUGGAUAGCCUCAUCAACAUUCCUGAGGAUGUUCAGUAUCUCAACAAGAAAGGAAUAAUCACGAAUGUCAUGAGCAGCCAUGAAGAAGUAUCGGUUCUGUUCAACAAUAUUAGAAAAGGAGCUUUCAUCCAUAACUUCUACUAUGCCGAUCUUUGCAGGCAGGUUAAUGAACAUUUUGAAAAUCGUUGGAAUGUCUGGAGAGCAAUUUUCCGACGCAAACAUUUUCAAAAUCCAUUCACGGUUGUCUCACUUAUUGCUGCAGCUUUACUUCUUCUUCUCACUUUUACAGGGACCUUGUUUGCUAUGCUCUCUUACUUUAUCCAUAAAUCUUGACCUGUGGCUUCUUUGAUUGAAUAGCACCAGCUGCGUGUGUGUUUCCAUGAAUAUUUAAAAGUCGAUGAUCUUCCCUUUCAGCGGUGGAAAGGCAAAUCCAUUACUGUAGGUUGAAGAUUGAAAUUACUUUGUAUCGUUUCAUUUUGUCCUUUGUGUGAUUUCAUUUUGAUUGUGUAUUUUGUUUCUGUCCAAAGA